CAUCAUGACGUCAACUGUACUCUUCUGCUGUGAAAGCACUACAGCUCAUCGCGCGCAGUAAAACGCUGGCUGAGGACACUCGUGUGAAUGCGUUGGCGGAUGUGUUCAGAGGCGGAAGGGUUGCAAACAGGGUUGUUCUUGUGAGUGAUGCGGUAACCGCAGCGGCAAGAGGAAGAACCCAGGUUCUACUCUAGCUAGUUAGUAUCGGCUAAAAAUUAUAUACCCGGUUCCCUGCUAGAUAGUGGAUACUUACGCUUAUAGACUGAUUCGCAAUUUGUACUCAGGGAAGAAGUCAGUGGAGGGAGAAAGGCACCGUCAUUUUAACAGUAUAAAACCCACGUUUCGGUGACAGCGGCACAAGCACAACAAUGGCUCUGAAAAGAAUUCACAAGGAGCUGAAUGAUCUGGCCCGUGACCCUCCGGCUCAGUGCUCCGCUGGUCCAGUUGGGGACGACAUGUUUCACUGGCAAGCCACAAUAAUGGGACCGAAUGACAGUCCCUACCAGGGCGGCGUGUUCUUCUUGACCAUUCACUUCCCCACAGACUACCCCUUCAAGCCCCCAAAGGUUGCAUUCACUACAAGAAUCUACCACCCAAACAUCAACAGCAACGGCAGCAUCUGUCUGGACAUCCUGAGGUCGCAGUGGUCGCCAGCACUAACCAUCUCCAAAGUUCUUCUGUCCAUCUGCUCGCUGCUAUGUGACCCGAACCCGGACGACCCCUUAGUGCCUGAGAUCGCCCGCAUCUACAAGACAGACAGGGAAAAGUACAACAAAAUAGCUCGGGAAUGGACACAAAAGUACGCCAUGUAGUCCGGGGUGGGAGGAGCAGAAGCAUGGAGAAACGGCCUCUACGUCUAAAGGCUUUAGGGGAACUCUGAAAGAAGAGAGGAUAAAAAAAAAAAAAAGAAAAAAUGUUGGUUUCCAUUGGAGUGCUUUCUUUGAGCCAGGCCCCACCCCCACCACACUCGUUUCCCGCCCCUGCCCGGCUGCCAUGUUGUACAUAUUUUCAAACUGCAAGCAUAGACCCCCCCCCCCCCCCCCCCCAACCACCACCACCACCACCCCCACUUCCUGCUUUCUCUCCCCCUCACAGAAUCCACCCUCCUCUAGGGUUUACCCUGCUGUCACAUUUCCGACUCCUAAAAAAUCACUCCUCGUCAUUUUAAGACUUGGUUCAGUAGUCCGUAUUCAAGGAAUUUUAUGUUCUGUGCCCCCCUUCCCCCCCUUUCCCACUGUCAUGCAUAUCUGGUGGUCAGAUUAGGGUGCACGGGCAGAAUUUUGUAUAAAACCUCUUUAAGGAAUUCUUUUUUUAAACUCAUAACCGGUUUACACACGAGAGACGCGUGUAGGACCUACUGUCUUUCUCUGUGCUGCUGGUGAUUUCUGAAUUCUGAAGGACUUUUAUUUUGAUUUUUCUUCUCGCAGUGUCAUUACCCAAGACCCCGCCCACUCCCCCGCCACCCAGUUACAAUCCACACAUUUUUGACCAGUGAUUGAAGCAAGGUAUUAAUUUAACAAGUACGUCCCACUUCCCUGCCCCCCACUCCCCUACCUUCUGGUAAUUAGGUUGCAUUUGGCUUUUGUUGAAUUAGAAGCUAACCGCUCCAGUGACUCCUGCUCUUUUGGGUUAAGGGUACAAGGAUAUGGGUUCCAGACAGACACAAACUUCUGUAUAUUUAAUUACCUGAAAGCUCGUCGAGCUUGUGUGUUGAUUUAAACUGUGUAAUAAAAAUGAUUACUAAAGUGGUUAAUGCUCUGAAUUCAGAUGUCACUGGGGGGUCGUUGAUGAAAGCGUGGCCGCUCUGGGCCAGGAGGUUCCGGGCCAACCCACUGCGCAGCGGCCAAUCGCUAAGCAGCAUGUCUGUGGGUGUGGCGUUCUCAAGGGAGCAUCAUUGUACAGUUUUAAAUUGCAAUACGUUCAAGUCUUCUUGUCGCGGGGAAAAGUUGCAGCAUAUUAGUGUUUGAUGCUGUGGCUGCACACAAGGUAAGUUGUGAUGGUGCUCCUGGGUACAUUAAUGCUUCUUCGCGUAUGAAUCGCUCGCCGUCUUAAGGCCGAGAGGGUCAUCUUUGGAAAUCCAUCAAACCCCUUUGCUAAGGAGGUCUUGCGACUGAUCGACUGAAUAGUUCUUGUCUGUCUGGUUGCUGUCCGCUGAACCUCUGGUUUACAGCGUAAUAACGCAGCUCGAUACUGCCCAUGCUAAUGGCCGUUGGCUGGGCAUUGUGUAAUAACCUUUGUCAUUUCCCAGGGAGAGAGGGUUUCGGUCAGAAUCUCCUCGUCUCUCUGUUCAAGUGUGUCGUUUCUGGGCAGUCUGGUGCAUGCACUCUGACUGCGAAAGGCGCACACCAAAUGAUGCAUUGACUGCGCUGCUCAGCAGCUCUACUGCGUCGUGAAAAGUGCAGUCUGGCGUUGCCGUUGAAGCAGUGGGAUCGGUUUUCCCCUGAAGCGUAGGGCUGGGAUGCACAACUGUGGUCCUGAAGGACUGGUCUGCGUGCUGCAUUUUGUUCCGACCCAUUACCUUAGAUUUUGUUUUCUGACAGCUCUAUAAAAUGCUCUGGUUCACUCCUGUACUUGAGAGCAGCAAAGUCUUUAGGAUACACUUGCGGCUGUAGCUGGUCCUGAUGCAAAUGUGAAUUUUGGAUAUGGUUGAGCUAAUUAAGUAUUUUCAUUAAGUAAUUAAAAUCUAGCUUGUUGUGCACCCCUGGUGUAGGGUCAGUCCUUCCUCUACUCGUUUCGCUGAUCGGAGUGACUACUGAUCGCUGGCGCAUUGGUAUUUACAGGUGCUAUCAAAGCCAAAUGUAUAACGUGUAUGGGGGGGGGAGGGGGGGGUGAGGUGAGGUGACCCUGUUCCAUGCUUUUUUCACUUUUUUUUUUCUCCAGAAAAACUCCCAGUUAUCAGAAUGAGCCAUUACCUGUAUGUGACCUACACGAUACUGUUGGUACAUUAAAGAUGUGCUUUGCAGUUGGGUCCAAUUUAUCUGAUGGACAGUAUGUACACAAGUGGUGGAAUAAACUUUUAAAAGCUUCACUGUUACUAUUGAAUAAGUAUUUCAGUUUAUAUUUUCAACAAGACAAGCAUUCAGGGUGGAGUUAUGACAGUUUGUUUACUAGAAAUGUUGGAGAAACUCAUGACAAGAAUUUGUGCAAAGUUUAAGUAAAGCAAUUGCAAUGACUGGAUUGAAGUCUUUAUUAUUGUUUUUACUAGUAGCAUUUUUCAGUGACUAGGUAAGAGCCUGUGCUUGUGAUGUCAUAAAGAAUUAAGCCAUUGAUACUAUUGGGGUUUAUGACCGUUCAUAUAAAGCAUUAUGGAUCUAGGGCCAUAAACUUGAAGCAUCUUGCAAAAAACACUUUAUGCUUGCACUUACGGACUUGGAUUCAUUUUUAUGUUUGCUGAUGAAGUGCCAUGAUCCCCUUUGUCAUUCAUUUGAAUGCAUACAAAGUCUUCAUAAAUGCUACAUAGCUCCCA